UUGUCUGUAAAGCCUUUUAUAUACCCCACAACUUAUGUGGCACUUUCUGGUUUAACUUUGUGCUUCUAACCGAGCUAGACCGACUUACUACUGCGCUGAAACAUGAAGGUUCAUGAAACAAGGUCACAUAGUCAUGCACCAGUCGAGGAAGACAAAGUGAUGACGAGGAAGCAGAAGGCAGAGAACAAAGCUCACGAAUCAGAGCAAACUCCAAAGAAGGCCAAAGCCGAAAGUGACAAUAAUAACGGCAAUCCAAAUGGUAAAUCUUCUUCACAAGAGUUUGAAGAUUUUUGUAAAGCAAUCGAUGAGCACCUCUCUGUCUCACAACUGCGAGAAGUCUUGGAAUCUAAUGGACUCGACUCCUCCGGCCCCGAUCACGUCAUCAUCAGAAAAUGCCAAGACUUGCUGUUUUAUGGGGCACUAGAAAAAUGCCCAGUCUGCAACGGAAAUUUGGAGUACAAUGGGAAACGCUAUUCUUGCACUGGAUCUUAUAGUGAAUGGUCUAGUUGCACCUUCACCACAAAAGUUCCUCCAAGGAAAGAUGGACCCAUCAAAUUAACUAAUUCCCUCCUUAACUCUGCUGUUUCAGAUCUGAUAAAGAGAUAUGGAGAUGCCAGUCGCCGGCCUCAGAGGGAUUUAGGUGGUGCUGAUAAACCUUUUGCUGCCAUGACCAUUUCUUUAAUGGGCCGUCUCUCUCGAACCCAUAAUUACUGGAAAAAAGAGAUCGAGAAACAUGGGGGGAAGGUUGCCAACUCUGUUAUUGGUGUAAAUUGCCUGGUGGCCUCGUCUGCUGAACGAGAUCGUGGUGGUACAUCUAAACUUGCAGAAGCAAUGGAGAGGGGCAUAUCUAUUGUAAGAGAAGAAUGGUUGUUAGACAGCAUUGAGAAACAAGAAGCCCAGCCUCUUGAAGCCUAUGAAAUUGUCCACGAUCUUACUGUGGAUGGCAAAGGAGUUCCAUGGGAUAAACAAGAUCCUUCCGAGGAGGCGCUGGAGUCAAUGUCAGCAGAACUCAAGCUCUAUGGGAAAAGAGGGGUCUAUAAGGAUACCAAAUUGCAGGACCAAGGUGGGAAGAUCUUUGAGAAAGAUGGAAUAUUGUACAACUGUGCCUUUUAUCUCUGUGACUUGGGCCGAGGACUAAAUCAUUAUUGCAUAAUGCAACUGAUAAUGGUAUCGGAGCACCAUCCCCAUUUGUACUACAAGAAAGGUAGAGUUGGCGAUGACCCUAAUGCGGAGGAAAGGCUUGAAGAAUGGGAGAAUGUGAAUAAUGCUGUGAAGGAGUUUGUGAGGCUCUUUGAGGAGGUAACUGGGAAUGAAUUUGAACCGUGGGAAAGAGAGAAGAAGUUUCAGAAGAAGCCGUCCAAGUUCUAUCCCAUAGACAUGGAUGACGGAGUAGAAGUAAGACAUGGGGGCCUUGGUCUUCGGCAGCUAGGAAUUGCUGCUAUACAUUGCAGACUUGAGCCUGUGGUGGCAAACUUCAUGAAAGUCUUGUGCAGUCAGGAAAUUUACAAAUAUUCAUUGAUGGAGAUGGGACUAGAUUCUCCUGAUCUGCCAAUAGGAAUGGUCUCCAAGGUCCACUUAAGAAGAUGUGAGGAGGUGCUCCUAGAAUUUAUAGAGAAAGUUAAGUCAAUGAAGGAGAAGGGCCAAAAGGCUGAAGCUGUGUGGUCCGAUUUUAGCCAAAGAUGGUUUACUCUUAUGCCAUCAACUAGGCCUUUCAUCUUUAGGGAUUACCAAGAAAUUUCAGAUCAUGCUGCAUCUGCAUUGGAAACUAUCCGAGACAUAACGGUGGCUUCACACCUUAUAGGAGACAUGAGUGGCUCUACCAUUGAUGAUCCAUUAUCUGAUCGCUACAACAAACUUGGCUGCUCAAUCUCUCCUCUGGAGAAGAAUUCUGAUGACUAUAAGAUGAUCUUGAAUUACCUGGACAAAACCUAUGAGCCUGUCAAACUCGGAGAUAUUGAGUAUGGUGUCUCUGUUGAUAAUAUUUUUGUUGUUGAAUCCAAAGCAUGUCCUUCUUUGGAUGAAAUAAAGAAGUUACCCAACAAAGUCCUUUUAUGGUGCGGUACACGGAGCUCAAAUCUAAUGAGGCACUUGCACAAAGGGUUCCUGCCAGCAAUAUGCUCCCUACCUGUGCCGGGAUAUAUGUUUGGCAGGGCAAUUGUCUGUUCUGAUGCUGCUGCAGAGGCAGCUAGGUACGGGUUUACUGCUGUGGACAGACCAGAAGGAUUCUUGGUUCUUGCUGUUGCUUCACUAGGUGACCAAGUUACCGAGUUCACAAGCCCGCCAGAGGAUACCAAGUCACUGGAAGAGAAGAAAAUGGGAGUGAAGGGCUUGGGAAGGAAGAGAACAGAGGAAUCAGAACAUUUCAAUUGGGAAGGUGAUGUUAAAGUUCCAUGCGGUAGGUUGGUAUCCUCAGAGCAUAAAGAUGCUCUACUUGAAUACAAUGAAUAUGCUGUGUAUGACCCAAAACAGGUGAGCAUAAGGUUUUUGGUGGGAGUCAAAUUCGAAGAGAAGGAUGCUGUGAUGGAGACAGAGGAAUAAAGCAGAAAGGAUGUGAAUUUUUCUUUCUUUCCCUGUUUGGAAAGCCAUAUUUUGUUGUCCUUUAACUACAUGGCUUCUUGGACUACUAGUAUUGUAAACACAUGUUAUCUGUCUGAUCCUUAUAUAUAUAUAUAUUUUUUUUUUUUUUCUUUUUUUCUUUUUUCCCCUGGUGUAAGUCUGAUCCUUAAUCUUUUGUUGUACAUAAUAUAAAUAUUAUAUGUAUGGAUGUUUCGAUUUCCUAUGGAGUAUAUUUAUUUUGUUU